AUGCUAGCUGUUGACACUCUAACCAAGUUAAUAGAUCAGUACUGCUCUAACAGCGAUCGCCACUAUGUGUACGGUACCGCUGGGUUUCGUGGACCUGCUGCUACAUUAGACACUGUGUUAUUUGCGACCGGAAUUUUAGCAUGUCUUAGGUCUUUGGCGUUGAAAGGUGAUGUAAUUGGUGUUAUGGUUACUGCAUCUCAUAAUCCACCUGUUGAUAAUGGUGUUAAAGUAGUCGAACCUGAUGGAUCCAUGAUGCCAGAAUCAUGGGAACCCCUGGCAACUGAAUUGGCCAACACUCUUGCCAUCAAAGGCAGUUCCCAUGAAAGAGCCCAAGCUACUCACUCUUGGCUUCAAAGAGAGUUAAAGGGUCAAUUGCAAUCUGCAAACAACUCUUACAAUGAAGGCAUUGUCCCUACACUAGUGGUUGGCCGUGAUUCGAGAGAAUCUGGUCCUAAACUAUUGUCAUGCCUUGUAGCUAGUGCCAAAGAACUCUUUCACGCCAAAAUUCAUGACCAAGGCUUGCUAACCACUCCACAACUUCAUUUCUUGACCAGUGAAACCGCUAAAGGUGUUGCAAAUGUUACUGAAUCACGCUACUACGAGCACUUUUUGCAGGCAUGGGACUAUGUAGCACAGCUACAUGGUAUUGGUGAAUCUUUACCAACUAUUUCUAGUCUAACUAUUGAUGCGGCUAACGGUAUCGGCGCUCCUAAAGUUCAAGAGUUGUUAUCUCAAUGGGCUUGCCGCGGUCAAGUACAUUUCAUUAACGAUAAAUGGACGAACCCAGAACUUCUAAACCACGAAUGUGGUGCAGAUUUUGUGAAGUCAAAUCAACGUUGUCCUCUGGGGUUUAAUGAUUCCACGGGGUUGGGAUGCUCCUACGAUGGUGAUGCUGAUCGUGUGGUGUUUUACUACAUCAAUGAGGCAAACGAGUUUUGUCUCUUGGAUGGUGAUAGAAUUUCUGGACUUUUUGCCCAUUUCUUCGCAGGUAUUCUAAAGCAAGCAGGACUUCAAUCUGAACUUUCGCUAGGUGUUGUGCAAACCGCCUAUGCCAAUGGUAACUCUACAGAAUACUUACAAAAAACACUGCAAGUUCCUGUAUCGUGUGCUAAAACGGGUGUCAAGCACCUACACCACGAAGCUGUGACCAAGUAUGAUAUCGGUAUUUAUUUUGAAGCUAACGGACAUGGAACCAUCAUCUUUUCACCUAAAUUUUACAAGGUGAUCAAGGAACAAAAGGAACGUUCUGUCGCUGUGGAAACACUUGAAGCAUUCUCAAGAUUAAUCAAUCAAACUGUUGGUGAUGCGAUUUCAGAUAUGUUAGGUGUCCUAGCUGCACUUUCCAUCUCUAAAUGGACUCCUGAACAUUGGGGACAAGAAUUUACAGAUUUACCCAACAGAUUGGCCAAGGUUGUCGUUCCAGAUAGAUCCGUCUUCAUUACGACUGAUCAAGAGCGUAGACUAACAAAACCAGAGGGACUUCAGCAGAAAAUUGAUGAAGCUGUCAAAUGCUUCCAACAAGGUCGUUCCUUCGUCAGAGCUAGCGGUACUGAAGACGCAGUUAGAGUUUACGCUGAAGCUGCCAGUUUGGAAGAUGUUGAGAAAUUGAGUAAUACAGUUAAAGAAUUAGUCGUAAAAAGCGUUCAGAACUGA